GGAAUUUGUCCACAUAAACCUCCCAAAAACCCUGUCUUGCUGACAAGAACAAAGGAAUCAAAGUUUUUUUUUUUUUUUGAGCAUGGGUGGACUACCAAUAGAGAGCACUUCAAUGGCAAUAUCUUUGUCGCAACUUCCAAAAGAUGAAAAGUCAGCUCCCUCUACAGUCCCUGCAGAUAAAAAGCCAAAGAAGAAGAUUUGUUGUGCUUGCCCAGAGACGAAGAAACUGAGGGAUGAAUGCAUUGUGGAACAUGGCGAAUCUGCUUGUGAGAAAUGGAUUGAGGCUCAUCGUAUAUGCCUUCGAGCUGAAGGCUUCAACGUUUGAAAUUGGUUAAUUCUCCUAAAAAGAAGAAAGCUGAUAUAGUUAUGUAGAAUGUCCGGUUUGUGUUGGCAUUACACAAAUUAAUUAGCUAAAUUCCUACAGAUUAUUUAUACAAAACAUUUUUUCACAUAUUCAAAAUAAAGCUGGGGAUAUAUUUUUAGAAACAA